UAGACCUGGCAACCUUUUGCAAUAAAUAUGGCGACUUCUAUAAGGUAGUUUGUUGCCGAAGUAGAAUUUCAUUUGGUAAAUAUUCAGAAUAAGAAGAAAGUAUCCAUUUUUAGUAAUUAGCUCACAAGAACUGGAUAUUGCUCAAAAUUUGUAUAUGGUUUCAAAAUUUGUUGGUCUAUUAUGCUAAUUAUCAAAAAUGAUUUCUCUCUCAAAAAAAGCCAAAAAGGAAACAUCAAAAACAUAUAUGCCUACAGGAAAAGCUAACACUCGUGUUUCAAUUAGGGACAGGCUUCUUAUAAAAGAGGUCCAAGAAUUGGAGGCAAAUUUGCCGGCAACAUGCAAAAGUAAUUUUCCAAACCCUAAUGAACUUCAUAGGCUUGAAAUAACUAUAACACCUGAUGAGGGAUAUUGGUGUGGUGGCAAGUUUAAAUUUAUUAUUGAAGUUCCUGAAGAGUAUAAUAUGGUGCCCCCCAAAGUCAGAUGUCUUACUCGUCUGUGGCAUCCAAAUAUAAAUGAAGACGGAGCAAUAUGUCUGAGUCUUCUUCGACAGAGCUCUAUUGAUGGUCUGGGUUGGGCUCCGACAAGAACCUUGAAAGAUGUUGUGUGGGGCUUAAAUUCACUCUUCACUGACCUUUUAAAUUUUGAUGAUCCUCUUAAUAACGAAGCAGCUGACCACUAUUCAAAAGAUAAGGAGGGUUUUAAAGCAAAAGUGAGAGAAUAUGUCCAACGUUAUGCAAAAAGAUGAAAUUAUCCUAUUUUAGCUUUUUUGUAAAUAUUGUUUUGUAACAAAUAUUUUCAUUUCAAUUAUUCCAUCAUCAGUAUGUGUUCAAAAUAAACUACAUAUAAUAAUA